AAUUUUAUUAUGUGUAUGUCAGUUGUGUAAUCGUGAAAAUUUCUCUUCUACAAUUCUAUAAUAAUAUGUUAUAACAUUAUCAAUUUUUAUCACAUAAUACAUAUGUAUAUUAUGCACACAAGUACGUAUAUAUACAUGCAAGUACAAUUUACGUAUAUAAUUAUCAUGUUUAAAAAAUAAAAAAAAAAAAUUCAAUCUGUAGCCUCAGUCAUACAUUCAAGUAAUUUCUAUCGCUAUACUAUUGCUUCAUUCUCUCUUUCAUCAGCUUUGCUACGGUAAGUACAAGGACGACCGCAUCUCACAUACUUUCAAACUGCUACAACUGUUCCCUGAAUAAGAACAAUUUUACGCUUCAGUAAAUAAAUAAAUUUUUGUCAAAGAUAAAAAUUAUUAAGUACGUUUUUUAAAAUACGAAUCAUAAUAAAGUGAUUUUUUUUUAUUUUUUAGGAUUGGAGAUCAUUGAGAAAUGCAGAAAAAGUUGAAAGAACUUGGGACGUUUGUAAAUGUUGUUCGAUUGUACAGAUGAUCAACAUAUUAUCAUGUUAAUAAAAUCAUAAAUUAGCAUUAACUGACCAGCUAAAAAAAUUAAUUAUGCUACAUCCGCUUUUCGAAUUGACACCAGUCUGGUGGUUAAUUAUUUAUGCAGGAUUUUUACUAUUAUUAUCUCCUCUAGUAUUAGUAAUUGUAAUUUUCUUACCAAAUUUUCCAUUACUUUUAUUACGUCGAGUUUGUUAUAUUCCAGUUGAAUCAAUAUAAAUGAUAAAUUAUUCAAUUUAUUUAACUAUUAACUUAAAAACAAUCAAUGUCUUCUAGCAAAUGCCAUGAAAUGUUAGUCAAGUAGAAUAUAAAAAAAACUAAAUAUUAAUAAUUUAUAUUUAAUUUUCAAUCAUUAUUAAAAUCCUUUGUAAAAAAAUAACAAUUAAUGCUAAUCCUUUUAACUGAGUUAAUAGGUAAAAUAGUGAGAAAUAAAUCAAACAUAAACUAGAUGACCAAAUAUUUAAAAAAUAAUAAGACGUACGUAAAUGGAGAGUCUGAUGCUAUUCAUCAUAGUUAAAAGAAUACUGAAACAGGCGUCUGUGCAUUCAUGAUAGUACAGCAUAAGUAACAUAAUGUCAUAGUGAAUACUUUCGCCAAGUGAGAAUAUAAGUGGGAGUUGAUGUCUGGAGUGGUCUGGAGACCUUAGCUUCCACCACGUAUAUACAAGGGACCUGAUCAAGAAUUCUGCUACUUGUUAUUCACUCCUCAUCGACUUCUACUUAAAAAGACAUGGAGUUAUUGUGGAUUACGAGGCUGUUACUUGGAUGUUUGAUUAUAAUAAAUAUCGUAGCUACUCCAUCAUCAGGUUUACGAAGAGUUCCUAAAGUCUACAAUGCUCUGAUAACAAGUGACCAAAACUUGGCACCUUCAAAAGCAUAUCCGGUCAUCCAGCCUAUAAUUCACAGGACUGCAGUUGGCUAUCUUAAUCCAUACUACUAUACUCCUGUAGGACCUGAAUUUAUUGGUCCAGAUAUUUAUCCGAUACCAGUGAAUCCACAGCCAGUUGAUACAUCUGAUAGCCCAAAAAAUACUGAUGAUAAAACAAAGGACAAAGAAAUCGCUGAAGGGGAUGAAAAAGAUGGAAAUAAAGAUCGUGUUCCGUUAAGUUUUUAUCCAAAUUAUCAGUCAGUUUAUUUUAAUCCAUACUUAUAUGGAUAUAAUGUAUAUCCACAUGUUACACCUGGAACUUAUUAUGUCAACUAUCAACCUCCUGGACCAUUUCUUCCACCACCACCUCCUUAUACUUUUCCACAAUCUUAUCCUAGCGAUCAACCUACUCCAAAUGAUCAAGAAAAAAAUAAAACCAACGAAAAACAAAUCAUUAAAUCAGAAACAACUACAACGACAACAACAGAAAAAGUACCAGAAGUUCCAUUAUCUUCAGUGCCAAGGAAACAAUACUCUUCAUAGUUUUAUAGCUGAUAUUACUAAGCCAUUUAUAAAAGUGUUUAGUAUUAUUUAGUUUUUCUAGUUGUUUUUAGCACUACCCACCGUGAUGAUAAAAAAAAUUUUUUAAUUCUUUAA